AUGGCGACUAAAGCGUGCGAUACGCUGCAUCUCAUAGCGGUAUUGUUGCUGUUCAUCAUCAACAUUUCAGUCAUCGAGCAAGAAGACGGUGUACCAGCAGAGGGGAGCAAGUAUGUUAAGCUAUGCGGCGACCAACCCGAUGAGAUCUGCAACCUGCCAGGUCUCAACGGCAGCCCGCACGUCCGCAUGCGGUCGGGCUACAUCACGGUGAAUGAGAUCAGCGACCGCCGGUUGUGGUACCUGGUGGCGGACCGGGAAGACCACGGCCGGGAUUCAAGUACGACAUCCAUGACGGCGGGUACGACAACUGAGGUAGCCGCGGAGGGGGAGGUUGCGGCGGCGGCGGCACCGGCUCCGGUGGUUCUGUGGUUGACCGGCGGCCCCGGAUGCAGCUCGCUGGAUGCCUUCAUUUACGAGCACGGCCCUUUCAAAUUCAGCUACGGAACCUCUUCUUCUUCAUCGUCGUCGUCGUCGUCGUGGUCUUUUUCUUCUUCUUCUUCUUCAAGACCGAAAGGAGAAGAAGGAAAUGGAGGAGGAGGAAAUGUUGAGGGGGGGAAAGAGCAGGAGCAUGUAGAGGGUGGUGCGGGGGAGCAGCGGCAGGAGGAGGAGGAGAAGAAGAAGAAGAAGGAACGACGGCCUGUGGUUCUGGAGCCCAACCCGUAUUCCUGGACCAAGGUGGCCACCAUCAUUUACGUGGACUCGCCCGCGGGAGCGGGUAUGUCGUACAGUGGCCGUCCUGACGUGGACUACCACACCAACGACGAGUACACCAUUGCCGAUCUUGUCGUAUUCCUGCAGGGCCUUACGGACCGAUACCCCGAGCUGGCUACGGCGCCCUUCUUUUUGGCAGGCGAGAGCUACGGCGGGGUGUUCGUGCCACUGCUGGCCCGGGAGCUGGUCCGUGUGAACAGGGAGCGGCGUCGGGAGGACAGAUCCCCCUUGGUGGACCUGCAGGGCUAUUCGGUGGGUAACCCGGUGACGGAUGAUGUGGUGGAUGGCAAUGCGCAGCUGUUCUUCGCCGCCGACAUGGGCUACUUGGACCCACCAUCGUGGAGGAGGAUGAGGGCCGCGUGCGGCGACAUGUUCUGGAACGCCACUCGAGGCACCGAGUGCUGGGACGCUCAGGGCGUGGUGAAGGAUGACUUGUGGGACCUGAACUGGUACGACGUGCUGGACUCCUGCGCCAAGUCCCCGGAUGAUGGUGGCGACGACGAGGAGGCGCUUGCUAAAUUAGGCAAUGACGGGGACACCGCUGCUGAUACUGCCAUCCGUAGCAGUAGCAGUGGCAGCAGCAGUGGGAGCAGCAGCAGUGGCAGCAGUAGCACCAGUGGUGGUGGUGGUGACCCAAGGUUCGGUCGGUCGGCUUCCAGCUUGGAGCGACGUUUCUACUGGCCGUUCACUGUCCGGAUGCGUACGACACCCUCGGAGAGUCGGAUCCAGAUCCAAAACGGGGUUGAAGACCAGGAGCAGCAGGACCGGGCGGAGCAGCAGCUGUUGGAGCCGGGUCGUCGAGGGGGUGUACGGCUGUGGGGGCCCUGGCUACGACAUGUCGUACCGUGCAUGGACCGCAGCAUUGCGCUGGACUGGUUGAAUCGAGACGAGGUCCGCUCCGCGCUGCACGCGGCUCCCUGGUCGGUUAUCGGCGGUUGGCAGCCGUGUAGUGACGUAUUGUACUACAGAUUGGAUACGAUGGACCUGGUUUCCGUACAUGAGGAGCUGGUGCGGGAGGGUCUCCGUGCACUGGUGUACAGCGGCGACCACGACAUGGUCGUACCGCACACCGGUACCCGGACAUGGCUGUACGACAAGGCGAAUCUGGGUCGUACGGAUGGUCCACUGCGCCCCUGGAUGCUGCACGGCCAGAUCGCCGGCUUCACAGCUCGUUUCGGAGCCGGUUCCGGUCUCCGGUUCGCCACCGUCAAGGGCGCCGGUCACAUGGUGCCGCAGAGCAAGCCCCUGCAGGCGUUACACCUCCUGAAGGCGUUUUUGUACGACAAGGAGCUGUGA